GAGACAGGAACACUGAACAGUCUUAUUUAAAAGAAAACACAAGUGUAUUAGUGGAAUAUGUCAUGCAUGUAGUAAAUUAAAUAUAGACUUUUGAAAACAUGUCAACAGAUUUCAAAUAAAAUAUUUACAUUAUUUUAAAUCAAAUUUAUAUUUUUUAUUGUUAAGAAGAAACUGAACAAAAAAAUAUUAUGGGAAAAAAGCGGACAAGGUCGGAACCUUGUAAUGCAGAGGAUUGUGGCGAAACACUUACCUUGGCAAUCGUUGAUGAAUUUCAGAAAUUAUAUGAAAAAAAAUUAGCAGAAAUUGAUGAAAGUUGUGACGAUGAACAUUCAAAAGAACAAGAAAAAAUUUGCACUUUACGUGCAUGGGUAUCGGAUUUAACUGAGCAAAAUAAAAUGCUUGUACAGGCUGUAGAAGAAUUGGAAGAGGAGGCUUCAGAUACGGUUGUUACUUUAGAAAAUAAAUUAAAAGAUUCCACGCAAAAAGUUUAUAACCGUAUGAGUGACGCAUAUGAAUUUUACAGUAAACAACAAAAUGAAUUAGUAGACCACUUACGUAAUGAUAUUUGUAAUUUAAUCGAAGUAAUAAGACGAUGUCGAGAAGAAGGAAGAUUGAAUGCAGAUGAUCUAACAUUUUUUGAAGUUACCUGUAAGGAUGUAUAUGGGGAUAGCGAGUCUUCAAACCAGAUAUUAAGAUUAAACGAGGAUGCAAGUGAAUUAUGUAGUAAAUUGGAGAAAAGUGAAAAAGAACGACUGAAUCUACAAAUUGAAUUUGAAAAUUGCACUGCUAAGUUACAAGACAAAAUUCAAGAAAAUGAAAAUUUAAUAUCCGAAUUAUUCAAACUUCAAAAGUCGGCACGAGAUAUGCGUGAAGCACUAACUGCCGAAGUAGCUGACAAACAUGAUAGUAUACGUGCCUUACGCAGAGAAAAUCAAAAUUUAGAAGAACAAUGUCGACAAAUUGAUAAACAAGCACAUUUCAAAGAUGACAUUAUUAAAGAGUUGCGUAAAGAAUUACGUGCUGUCAAAAAGUGUGAACUACGAGAAAGUACUGUUAAUAAAAUGUUUGAUUAUCGAAAAUAUUUAAUGGUAAUAAAAAAUGAAUUGAAAAAUUUAAGAAAUCUUAUUAAAAGAAGCCAAGAAUAUGAGAAUGAACGUGAAAAUAGGGUAUCUUUAGUAAAUAAAAGUGUGGAAGAAAUAAAUCAAACAUUCGCUAACAUUAAACAUGAAUUAUAUAACUUAGAAAGUAUAUCGUCACAAACAACUAGUGAGAAUUCAGAAAUUGAACAUCAUACCAAAAAGAUACAUGAAGUUAUUAUGAAUUCAUUGACAAAUUUAUCACAAUUAAACAGUUUUGAAUCGAUCAAUAAAGUUGUGGGUGAAAUUAAAGCUAUGGAUAUUUUAUAUAAAGAACAAGGGAAAAACUUAGUACUACAAGAAAUUUAUAUGAAUAAAGUUAAACGCACAUUUAAUCAAACUGCAGCUGAUAUUUUAAGGUUACAAGCGAUGCUUGAUAAUUUUCUGCAAGAAAAUUAUCAAAUAGAUUCUAAAAUUUCGGAGACUCAAAGGGAAAUGCAUCGUGUACAAAAGGAUUUGUUCAACACCUACACUAAAAUUGUAAAAGAUUUUAAAAUAUUCAAUGAAUUAUCUGAUGAUGUUCUAGAAGUUUGUGAUAAAAAUGAAAGUGACUACGAUAUUAAUGAAAUCCGACUUAUUACUGAUCAGAGCAAUAUGGUCACACAUACAAAAACAGAAACUGGCGAUUUUAAUUCAGAUGCAGGUGUUAACACGGAUGGUAAUUGUGAAAUGAUUAUCGACCAAUUACAGUCCGAACUGAAAAAAUGUCAAUUGGAAAAACAAGGUUUAGAAAAAAUGAUUGAAACGUGUACUGAAAAAUUGAAAAAGGCACAAAUUGAUGUUUCACUACUGGAAGACAUUAAUGAAGAUUUGCAUGAUAUUUGUAACAACUCUAAUGAAGAUACGGAUCAAGGAGUGUUGAUCCACGACUUAACUGACAUGAUUGAAAAUUAUCAGAGAAAAAUUUGCAGCUUGGAAUGUGCAUUACAAUCUAAAGAUGCAAUUAUUGAAAAUCUUCAAAAAGCUGUUCAGUUACAUCAAAGUACAAUAAAUGAAUUGAAAAAACAAUGUGAAGAAUCACAAGGAAAUAAUGAAAAUUUGCAACAAUUAGUUGAACAUUUGCAAGAGAGUUUAUGUACCGUAAAAUGUCAAUUAAAUGAUGUGGAAUCGAAACGUUUGAAAGAAGUAAGUGUUCAUUCUUCUUGGGGUUGGCCUAAUAGUGAUUCUGAUAAUGGACCUAGACAACGUUUUAAACAGCGUCGUGGUGUGCAUGAUAACUAAUUCUGCAAAUGAGAGUGUUUUAUUAUUUUUUUAAUCGAUAGUUUAGUUUCCUUGUUUUAUAUUUUUUACAAUUGCUUAACACGUUUGUUACUAACUUGGCUGGCUCAUUUAUAAACUACUUAGAAUCUUCUCAGGCAAAGUAAUGACUCAUGUAGGACGCUGACAGAGGUUUUUAAUCAAUUUUUACAGUGCUGUUUUGUUUUUAUACUAUGUAGUAUUCUAUAAAACAAAUUAAAGUAAUUUUUAAGUUACUUCCCAAUGAAUUUUGUACUUGAGCGGUUACAGUAAUUUUUACUGAGUGUGCAAGAUAUACGCACCAUAUGUUGCAGUACGCUGAAUAUUUCCAAUUUUAGUAGUUUUUUUUACCCAUUGCAGCUAUUACAACUUGCUAUGGUUUUUUUAGUAGAACUUGAUCCACUGCCGAAGGGAAGAGUACUCACUUCCGAUGUUCAUUUCAUUACAAUCAAUGUGAGAGUCAGUAACUUAUUUUUUCUUAUAAGUAAGAAAUAUAAGCUUGAUUUUGUUACAAAUUAAAUUUCAUAAAAUAAAUCGAAAGUGAUCAUCCCUUACUUUCAGAUCAAGCUUUAAUAAAAGUUAUCUUAAGAAGAAGAGACAUAAGUUGACUUAUUGGAAGUAGUUUUUUGCAUAGCAGUAAAAAGUUUCUUCUGUGAUUGAUCAUAUUAUUUAAGUGUUGGUAACGAACGUGUUAAUUUAUAGAAAUUGUGAUAACUUGGAUAAAACGAUAUUAUGCUAGAAAUGCUCAGAUAUUAAGUGCGCUUACUAAGUCAGCUUAUAAUUUUAGUGAAAUAAAUUAAAAUUUUGUUUUGACGAUGCCAUAACUGUAAAAUGUAACAAUUAUUAAAAGUUUUGGUCAUCUGUAUAGUUGACAACUUCUAACUUAACAAUUUUGACUUAACUGCAGACGGUUUUGUACUUAACAAAAUGUGUAUAUUUUUUAAAAAUUUUUAUAAGCGUGGAAUUUUUGUAAUCUUAAAAAAGUCUUCCAUUAAAUUUUAGUU